AGUAAACUAAAACACGAAGGACAUGGUAAUGGUGCGAUUUUUCCGAGUGCAAAAUAUAAAUACGACUUGUGCAUUGUCGCCUUUACAAGUGCUAGUCAACUAAAACGAAGGCGAAAACGCCAUCGUUUUGAACACUGGGAAGAUGCAUCGAAACACGUCGUUCGAAACGGACGGGUAGAGAAGCCGAUCGGCAAAGCUUAUUCCCCGGCAAAACUUUGCAGUCUGAGAAAAAUGUCCGAUGCCUCUCGUCUUUGUAGUCUGAUCGACGAGUAUCUCCGUCCAUACACGGAACCACAGGCGGCGGUGGUUUCAUUAACCAAAGAGAAUGAGAAAGCGAUUCUGAUAGCUCUUUCUAAGGUCGUGAAAGAAAUUCAGCUUUGGACUCGAAAAAUUGAUCGCUUUUCUGAUGAUGGCAAGAAAGUGGAAUCGCCCUAUAGCAGUGCAUGCUCAUGUAGCUGCAGCGCACAUUCCGAGAAUGACCACUGUUUGGCUAAGAUCGUAGCUAACUUGGUAGUGUUGCUAACUUUUGAUAGCCAGUAUGUUCGACAUCUGGCAGGAAAUGCUAUUAGUUUCGUUUCAAAGUUUUUAGCAGCAUCUGAAGGUGAAUGGGACAGAUUCAUCCAUUUCCUAUGCGUUUGCAUGGAAUUGGCCAUUGCCAAUGCACUAUCAUAUCCUUCUGUAACAUCAACCACUGAAGCUGAAGACUCAAAUCAUGAUUCAUUAAACUUAUAUGCUGCUGUAAAUCCUAGACUGAAAAAGGCUGACUUGUCUACAGUGGCUGGCAUUAUUCAAGUUCUACGUAAUAUCUUGAAGUAUUUGAAGCAAGAUGCUGAUGAUCACCUUCUUGAGAUGUUUUUAGAUUCUGUAGAUUCGUGUCUUUCAAAUGUGCGUUGGGAUCUAUUGGAUGAGAUUUAUGAGGGUAGGAACAGGGGCACUCAGAAGAGUUCUUCUGCGGAUGCUUCAUAUCUCAGAAACAUCAAUGGAUUGGAGCCGCGUGUCAUGUUUCUUGGAAUGUUUCUUCAACUACUCUGUUCCUUGGUUGACCAACUUGAUUUCAUGGAAGCCGCAAGUGUUUCCAUAGAUAAGCAUCCAAUUCAUCUUAAAAUCGUGAACCUCGUGCCCAAAUUUUUACACUGGUGCCUUGGUAAGCAAGGAGAGUAUGCCGAUGCAUGCAUCCCUCGGUACUUUAGACACAAGUUGUUGGUCCUAAUGAUCAGGCUUAGUUCUCAAAUACAUCUGAAAUGUUCCAUUCUUGUUUCAUGGUUGCAACUACUCUAUACCUACUUUCAAGAGCUUUUGUGGCAGCCCAUAACUCAACCUGAGUCUUGUCAGGAUCAGUGUCUAGAAGGUUCUCCAUUUUUAUUGAGUGUUUCUGAUGUAGAAAUGCGUGCCCUGCACUCACGCCAUAUACAGAGGCAGGCUAUUUUUCUUUUCAUAAAGUAUUCCUUCAGUUUGAUCAGUCCGAAAGCAGACAAUGACAAGCAAUGUGAAUGCAUAACUCCAAACUCAGGCUUAACCUUAACUUCUGACCUGGACUGUUGCUGUAGAAAGGAGGGUUUAUUAGCGCUCUAUAAGUGGUUUCAAGGGCAUCUUCUAGCUGAAACAUUUCUGGACCAUGAAUUGUAUUUUGAAAGAUGUAUAACCUUUACCUCAUCUUUCCUCCAGUUAUUCUUGCAUGAGGACGAUAUGCUGUUUAAAAUGCUCUUGCAACUGCUUGGUGUACCCUUCUUACCAGAGCAACAAGGAAAAGGGAAUUUUCAGGAUGUGGAGGAGGAUACUCUUUUUCAUCUUUCAAACCUUUUUAAUCCUAUCCACUUAUUCCAUCUAUUUCUUUUAGAGUUACACUAUGAUCACCAAGUCCUUCUUGAUUACCUUAUUUCAAAAGACACAGGAAUCAGUUGUGCAGAAUAUCUUUUAAGGUGCUUACGUAUGGUAUGUGACUCAUGGUGCUUAUUUGUGGAAUUUUCAUUGGAUGGGAAAGGUAUAAAUCAAUCAUCUUACAAAAAAAGAAAAGUGACACUCGGCGGCUCCAAAGUUUUGGCAGAUGUGAUGCCUAGACUUGUGAAAAACAACGAAACUUGUACGUCAGUUGAGAAGGAAUGUAAGCGAGACCAUCAAUAUGGCCAUAAAAAGUAUAUAGCACAGCCAUUUGAAGAAGCCAAGGAGUGUUUGCUUUCGUUGAGAAAUUCUGUUGAAGGUCUUCACGAGAAGAAUCUGUUUCCGUAUAAUCCAAAAGUGCUUCUGAAACGUUUGACAAGAUUUCAGGAGCUCUGCUUGAAGAAAGAGAGAUUUUUUUGAGGAAUUAUUUAGGAGCUUCAACCCCGACAAAGAAUGCAGAGUGUCGUUUGUUUCUUUGGAGUACAGGGUGUCAAUAAGACCAUAUCAGCAGCCGGAGAGGCUUUAGCUGUUCUAGAUUUUUCAGAUGAAUAUGGUUACUGGUGAUGGAAACAGAUCAAGGCAAAGUGUGACAGCAAUAGUUGCAAAUGCCCUGUGCUCAAAAGCUUGUCUCGAGUCCUUCCACAGUGUUGUUACAGAAACAGGCAAUUGAGCAUGACCGCGGAGUUACAACUUUUUGCAAGUCUUUCCACGGAGUUUCAACUUUAAGAAAGUCUUUUAGGCAAAUGGAUGUAUGAUUGUAUUCCCCCCGAUGGAUUCUUGUGAAGUGUGGGAUUUGGCAUAUUCUUCGAGGCUGCUUCUGUUGUGUUUUUAACGACACGAUGUGAACUGAGUAGAGAGAGAGAGAGAGAGAGAGAUAUCAAUGAUGAUUCGUGAUUCGUGAGGCA